AUGAAAUCGGCAGCAUUAUCACACCGAGUCAUUAAUUUCAUGAGCAAAAUUGAGCACGAAACUCUUGAACCGGAAUUAAUCAAAGGUAGUCCAUUCUGCAUGGAAAGUUUCAAGUGGAUGUUUAACAAUUGCAGGGUCCCAGGACGUCCCUCGGACACUACCAUCAAAUUUAGUCCACAGAAAAACAGAUUUAUGAUAGUAAUUAGUAAUGGAUAUUUUUAUAAGGUUUACCAUCAUGAUUUAAACACUGGGGAACGUUUUUCAUUGGGACAAUUAUAUGCGAGUAUAAGUGCAGUUCACAAUAAUUCACAUCAGAAGCCUCGAUGCUCUAAUCCUAUUGGAAUAUUGACCGCCUCCAAUCGGGAUGUUUGGGCAACCAAUUAUAAACAUUUGUGUGACAACCCAUUAAAUAAGAUAUCACUUGAACAAAUUCAAAGCGCAUCCUUUGUGCUUUGUUUAGAUGAUAAUUUCCCAACAACUAUUGCUGAGAAAUCAGUCGAUUGUUGGUACGGAAAUGGGUACAACAGAUGGUUUGAUAAGCCAGUUCAACUUUUUGUUGCAAAAAAUGCAAGCUCCGGCUUUCUCGGAGAACAUUCCCGCAUGGAUGGGACUCCAACCUUGAGAAUGAAUGAUUGGAUCAUUAAACAAAUUUCAAAAAUGUCUGUAACAGAGUUUCAUGAUGAAAAAAAAACGGCACCACAAUAUACCGAAUUGGUCUUUGAAGUGGACCCUUUCAUACAGAGCCAAAUUCAAAAAGAGAAAAAAGCGUUCAAACAAGUGACUGAAUCCUUAAGUAUUAAUGUCUGGCAAUUCCACGGAUUUGGAAAAGAGGAGAUAAAAGCUUAUGAAAUGUCCCCAGAUGCAUUUGUGCAAAUGCUAAUUCAGUUAGCCUACUAUAAAUACACAGGUACUGUAAGACCAACUUAUGAAAGUGCUUCAACCAGAAUGUAUUUCAAAGGAAGAACCGAAACUUGCCGUUCAGUCUCAGAAGAAUCUCUCCAGUUUGUUCGAGACUGGGAAAACACCUCAAAGUCUGGUGCAGAAAAAAUUGCAUCCCUUAGGUCUGCAAUUAAUUCGCAUGUUCGUUAUGUGAAAGUUGCUUCUAAGGGCUUGGGUAUUGACAGACAUUUGUUAGGACUUACCAAAAUGUUGCGAGACGGUGAAAAAAUCCCAGAUAUUUUCAAAAAUCCUAUGUAUACUUACUCACAGCAUUGGUUUCUUUCGACAUCACAGUUGAGUUCAAAUGAAUUUAACGGAUACGGUUGGUCUCCUGUUGUUCCAGAAGGCUUUGGUCUAGCUUACAUGAUUAAUCCUCAUUGGCUUCAUGUCAACAUCACAGCAUUCAAAAACAACCCACUAGGUCUAAAUCCAGAUUAUAUGGCAUUUUAUUUAACAGAAUCCAUUCAAGAAUUAAAAGAAAUUCUAUCAAAGUCUGUCAUAAGGGCUAAGAUUUAA